AUGUCUGAGGCACAGCCGACCUUGAUCAGCCUGGCCGCCAAGGUCACUGAGCUUUCCCAAAACUUCACCAAGUACCUCGAGGAUAAUGGCAUCCCUGCGCCCUCACUCGCCGCCGACAGCCCAACGAGUUACUCAGGUCUGAAUGCAGAGUCAUUCAUCCUGCGUCAGCAACUUCUGGAUGCCUUGAAUGACAUGUGGAUCUUGACUCAGGGUCCUAGCGAAAGUAUCUUCAACUACGUGCAUAAUGUUAUGCCCGAUGUCGCAUCCCUCAACAUCCUAAAUCACUUUGACUUCUGGUCAGCCGUCCCCCUUGAUGGCUCAGCCUCGUAUGCUGCGAUUGCAAAGCACACAGCUCUCCCAGAAGAGGUCGUGCGCCGUGUGCUGGAGCACUCGACCACGCUCCAGAUCUUCACAAGGGCAUCCACGCCGGGGCAUGUGCAGCACACGUCCCGCUCUGCCGCACUUGCGAAGCAAUCAGGCCUGCGCGCGCUGGUGUCGACUGUGCUGAACGAUGCCGGCCCCCCAAUGUCGGUCAUGCCCGAGGCUCUAAGCAGGUACAGCCUGAACAAGACCACGUUGACGACGGACAUGAAGGAAACCGCCUUCGCACUGUUUCACAGUGGUGCCACGCGGGGUGGGUACACUACAUCCUGGGAGCUCCUGGAGCAGGAUGGCGAGGGAGAGAAGAAAGGCUGGAGGCAGAGGAACUUUGUCGAGUUUAUGCGAUACAUCAAGGAUAUCUUCCAGUUGGAGAAGGUCAUCCUGGAGUCGUAUGACUGGAAAGCCGCCGGAAAGGCUACAGUUGUCGAUAUUGGUGGCUCAGGAGGCCAUGACAGUGUCGUGCUGGCACAGAAUUUCCCAGAGCUCACCAUCACUGUACAGGAUCUGCCCGAAGCAGGCCCGGCUUUUGACAAGAACACUCCGGCCGAGCUCAAGGAUCGGGUGUCGUUCAUGGCGCACGACUUCUUCAAGCCACAGCCUGUUCAAGCAGACAUCUACAUGAUCAAGCUGAUCCUGCACGACUGGCCUGAUAAGGAGUCCGUCCAGAUUCUGCGAGGACUGGUGCCGUCCAUGCGGCCCGGCUCACGCGUCCUGUUCAUUGACUACGUGGGCAAGCAAACCAACCCCGAAGGCCUGCCACGGUCAAUCCAGCAGAUGGGCACGGCCACUGAUCUGCGGAUGAUGGCCUUGUUCAGUGCAGAGGAACGUCCGGUUGAGGCAUGGAAGGAAAUCUUCCGUCAGGCAGAUGAGAGGUUCGAUAUUGUGCGUGUGGAGGCAAACCCUGUGGCCUUUUAUGUUGUUAUGGAGGCCAUCUGGAGGGGGGAUUAG